UCCCUGUUCCUCCCCAGGUGACAGCUAUGGGGUGCUGCCCCGGCCCUGCCACGCGCUGGUGCUGCUGAAUCCACAGAGCGGCUCUGGCCGUGCCCUUGAUGACUUCCAGGCAGUGGUGCAGCCCAUGCUGGCUGAGGCAGACAUUGCCACCACUGUCUUCGUCACUGAAAGACCCCACCAUGCGCACGAGAAGGUGCGAGAUGAGGACCUGUCGCAGUGGGACACGUUGGUGGUCAUGUCUGGGGACGGGCUGCUGUUCGAGGUGGUGAAUGGGCUGAUGGAACGUCCAGACUGGAAGGAGGCCAUGAAGAAGCCGCUGUGCAUCCUGCCAGGAGGCUCUGGGAAUGCCCUGGCUGCCUCUAUCAACUACUAUGCAGGCUACGACCACGUCGCCAAGAAAAAGCUGCUGACAAACUGCACCUUCAUCCUGUGCAAGGGGCUGUACACGCAGAUGGACCUGGUGUCGCUGAGCACGGCCUCGGGCAAGCGCUUCUUCUCCUUCCUGGGCUUUGGCUGGGGCUUCAUCUCGGACGUGGACAUCGACAGCGAGAAGUACCGCUGGCUGGGCAGCGCCCGCUUCACCCUGGGCACCCUGCAGUGCCUGGCCAAGCUCCGGGUGUACCAGGGCCGCCUGUCCUACCUGCCCAUGGCCGCAGAGCAGGGCAGCUCCCCGGCAGCCCGGGCCCCGCCCCCCGACUCGCUGCUGGUGCCGCUGGGCCAGCCCGUGCCGGCGCACUGGACUGUGGUCCCCGAGGAGGAGUUUGUCCUGGUCUACGCCAUCUACCAGUCCCACCUGGGCACCAACCUGCUGAUGGCACCGGCGGCCCGGCUGCACGACGGCUGCAUCCACCUCUUCUACAUGAAGGCCGGCAUCAGCCGCGUGACGCUGCUGAAGCUCUUCCUGGCCAUGUCCAGGGGGACCCACCUGGACUUGAACUGUCCCCACCUGUGCUACGUCCCCGUCCGGGCGUUCCGCCUGGAGCCGCGGGUGGCCGCGGGCAUCAUGACAGUGGAUGGGGAGGCUCUGGCCUGCGAGCCCGUGCAGGGCCAGGUCCACGCCCGCCUCUGCCGCGUCCUCAGCGGCUCCUGAGCUCCCGUUCGCCCUCCCUGCAGCGCUGAGCUGCCGGCACGGCCCGGCGCGAGGGUGGCAGAGCCUUCCUCCCACUCAGGAACCCCCUCCUUCCAUAGCAAUAGGUCUUGGGGGGGCGUGGGGCUCAUCCCCUCGCUUGCCCCCACGCUUAGCUUUACCCCUUUGGGGCGGCUACCAGUGCUGUUCCAAAAAUGAGCCACAAGCCCCAUCAGGUACUCGGUGCCGGCGAGAUGCCAGCGUGGUUUAUCCUGGUACGAGGUCCCGGCCCCAGGCGGCUGCGCCGGCACAGCCCCGUCCCCUCCCCGGCUCGGACGCACACGGUGGCAUUGCUGUGUCCCUGCCCCGGAGCCAGUGCCACCCCCCAGGGUGGGUCAGGACCAAUAGCUCUAAUACAAAAUAAACCGACUUUUUAAAGAAUGUUUCUACCCGAA